AUGGGUGAUAAUCUUCCCUUACCAGUUAUGAUGAUAACAGGUGGUAUUGCUGGUUGCGUUGCUGAAGCUCUAACUAUUCCUCUUGACACAGCUAAGGUCAGACUAUAAAUUUAAGGAGAACCUGUACCAGGAAAGCCUCAAAAAUAUAAUGGUUUACUUGGUACUAUUAAAACAUUAAUUGCAGAAGAAGGUGUAUUAUCUCUCUUUUCAGGCUUAAAUGCUGGUUUCCAAAGACAACUUGUUUUUGCAUCUCUCCGUAUAGGUUUAUACGUUCCUGUCAGAAACUUAUACUGCAAAGAAGAUGAGCUUGAACGCCCUCCUCUUUAUAAAAAGAUCUUAGCUGGUUUAACAACUGGUGCUAUUGGUAUUACAGUCGCUAACCCAACUGAUUUAGUUAAGAUUAGAUUACAAGCUGAAGGUAAAAAGCCCAUCACAGAAAGAAGAUAUACAGGUGUUUGGGAUGCUUACACAAAAAUUGUUAGAACAGAAGGUGUUGUUGGUUUAUGGAGAGGUCUGGCACCUAAUAUAGUUAGAAACUCUGUCAUCAAUGCAACUGAGUUAGCUACAUACGAUUAAGUUAAAGAAAUGGUCUUGAGAUAAAAAUUGAUGAAAGAUAAUAUCUUUUGCCAUCUUUUCUGUUCUUCAGUUGCUGGUUUUGUUGCUGCUGUUGUAGGUUCUCCAGUAGAUGUUUUAAAGACAAGAAUUAUGAAUGCUAGUUCAGGAACUGGUGGUAAAUAGUUUAAUGGUGUAUUAGAUUGUAUUGUAAAAACUUACUAAGAAGAUGGUAUUAGGGCAUUUUAUAAGGGAUUUAAUGCUAAUGCAUAAAGAAUAGUUACCUGGAAUAUUUGUAUGUUUGUUACAUUAUAGUAAAUCAGAGCCUAUAUAGCUAGAACAUACUACCCCACUAAGCAUUGA